CAUUUAUGCCUUUCUCAUCCCCUCCUUAACCCCCGAAUUUCCUAUCACCUCUUGCCUUUUCGCACCAAAACCACAAUUGCAAAAUUUUCCCAAUCCCAAAUCUGAGCGCAUCGAAUUCACCUUUCUCAAAUAUGAUUACACAGAUCACCUGCACCGGAGAAAGCAAAGCAAGAACAAACAUGUAUAUAUACAAACAUCCCAGAGAGAGAGAGAAGAGACGAAUAGAUAGAGAGAGAUGGAAAUCAAAUGGCAGCAACAACAGGGCAUCAAGAAAGAACAGGGCGUUUCUGAGCCCCAGAAAUCACUCACUGAAGCUAAUUUCGAUACAUCUGAAGCCGCCGCUAUUGUUCAGCCGAAAACUAGGUUUUUGGAGAAUUUGAGGCGCAAAUUGGAAGAGGUAGAGAAAGAGGCUGAUGAGAUUCGCCAAGUGAUGGCUAAGCUGGAGAAAGAGAGACGCGCAGCCCAAGACAUCGUGGAAGGUCAAAAUGGUGGCUCUGUCGUGGCUGUCAAGUUAGAGCCAAAGGUAGAGAUAAUAGAGCCUAAGGAAGAGUCGGAUACUCGAUCAAUAUUUGUUGGCAAUGUUGACUAUGCAUGCACUGCCGAAGAGGUGCAGCAGCAUUUCCAGUCUUGUGGAACUAUCAACAGGGUUACAAUUAUGUUAGACACAUUUGGUCAGCCCAAAGGUUUUGCCUACGUGGAGUUUAUGGAGGUUGAGGCUGUUCAAAAUGCUCUACUGCUGAACGAAUCCGAGCUGCGUGGCCGGCAGCUUAAGGUAUCUGUUAAGAGGACUAAUAUUCCUGGCAUGAAUCACUAUCGUGGAAUAUAUCCAAUUCCGUACUAUGGCUAUGGGACGGUUGCUGCCACCAUUAGGGCCAAGUUUGUACAACGGGAGAUCGUUGGAGGUUGUCGGAUUCUGGGAGGUCGUUGGAGGUUGUCGGAUUCUGAGUGA